CCGAACGGGUAUGGACAUAGUUUGGAUUUUCUACCCAUUUCUUAUGUGGAUAUGAGCAUGGGUAAAACCCGAACUAUUUUGGGUAGGGUAACGAAUAUGCACUAUCCGUCCCCGACCCGACCCGACCCAUUGCCAUCCCUAAUAGAACCCUACCUACGAUAAACGAGCCAUUUUUUUUAAGGGAAUAAACGAGCCAUUGAUAAUUUGCGUUUCCCAUUUUCCCAUAAAUAUAAUCUUACAAACCAAACCACAAUGAGAGCGAACCUUUUCAAGUGAUCUAUUCCAGAGUGUCGCAAACCGAGCGCCUCCCUCUCUAACGCCGUUGUCCUCCUUAGCCAAUCCCCACCGCCGACGACCAGGCCAAAACGAUGUUUCGUCAGGCGAGCCGUCUUCUGUCCCGAUCGAUCGCUCAACCACAGCACACCAAGACGAAGGUCGCCGCUCGCGCCUUCUCCACCGAUGUCCCGGCCACGCCGACGGAGGAUUCGCCUUUCUCCCAAUCCUGGAAGAAGGUGAUCCCGACUAUUGAGCCGCCCAAGACUCCUUCCUCGUACAUGAAGCCUCGCCCGGCCACAGCCUCCACCAUUCCGACUAAGCUGACCGUUAAUUUCGUCCUUCCCUACGCUUCCCAGCUCGCGGAGAAAGAGGUUGACAUGAUCAUCGUUCCCGCAACGACAGGGCAAAUGGGUGUCUUGCCUGGCCAUGUCCCCACCAUUGCAGAGCUAAAACCCGGGGUUAUGUCAGUGCACGAAGGCAAUGAUGUUUCGAAGUACUUUGUCAGCAGCGGGUUCGCUUUCAUUCAUGCAAACUCAGUUGCCGACGUGAUUGCAGUCGAGGCUGUACCGGUCGAUCAUCUUGACUCGAACUUGGUCCAAAAGGGGUUAGCAGAUUUCACUCAGAAGCUUGGCUCGGCAUCAACUGACCUGGAGAAAGCUGAGGCUCAGAUUGGAGUUGAUGUCUACAGUGCGAUGAACUCGGCUCUAAUGGGUUAAUUGGGUUUCCAUCCCAGUUACUCCUUCAGCGUGCUCUGUUGUUUCUCUUUCCCUUUUCCCCCAUUAUGGUAUCAACAUUGCCUUACUGUUUGAUGUCUCUUCCAGAGUCUAAAUAAAAGGAGUAUAAUAGACCACCUUUGAGCUUCUGGAAAAUUGGAAUGAGCCAUCUCAAUUUUUUUACUGAGUUGUUUCUGUAAUCACUCUCUUUUCUACUUUUUUAGUUUUCUUAUCCUCAAUUCAUUCCCAGUUACUAUUUUCUUUGUUCAUCAUACUGCACCAAUCCGAUGUUGAGGUUUACGUCUGUCUUCUUAAUGUUCCAUUUUGCUAUUUAGACCUGUAACUGGUCGACCGACUUAACUCAUUUCGACCUGCUAAGACCGCAUAUGGGGUAUCCUGGUACUUCCCAUUUGCUUCUGUCAUUCGUACUGUGAAGUGCUCUUGUAUAUCAAGUUGGCAAGUUGCCGUUUUUUUUAAGAUGGAACAAGUUUGUUCUUUGUAAACAUAGUCGCUAAAUUGUACAUACAGUAUAGUAUCAGGAUGAGGUGCUACACAUAACACAACAAAGUGUUGAGGUAACG